AUGGGAAUGUGAAUGGGAAUCAGUGGGAAUGGGAAUGAAUGCGAAUAGAUCUAUAAAAUCGAGUGGGAUGGAAAUCAGUCCGCACCCGCCCGUCGCCGUCCCUGUUGCACCAGAGACGAAGUGGGGCUCUGCUGUAGUGUACAAACAUAUUGAAUCCUAGUUGUGUAUGUGAUCCCACUCUCUGCUGUGUUUUGGAGAUGAAAUCAGAGCAAGUAUAUAAAGUCGGGAAAAUUUUAAAACUCUUCAGCCCCAGAAGGGCUAUCUGUUCUUCUUCUACCACUUCUCAGCCCCAGUUGAGUAAGCCUCCUAUUCACAAUACUUUCUUCAAAUCAGGUGCCAAAGAUGAGCUUGUAAAACGUCUCUGCAGAGACAACAACUUCAAAGAAGCCAUAGACAUUCUAUGCGAACAGAAACGUUUGCGUGAGGCAAUUCAGAUGCUGGACCACGUUGAUCGACCCUCUGCCGCAACAUACUCCACCCUCUUACAGCUCUGCCUCCAGCUUCGAGCCCUUGAUGAGGGCAUGAAGGUCCAUGCCCACACCAAAACCUCCGGCUUUGUUCCUGGGGUUGUCAUCUCCAACCGCAUUCUUGAUAUGUAUAUCAAAUGUAAUAGCCUUGUUAAUGCUAAAAGGAUAUUUGAUGAAAUGGCUGAGAGAGACUUGUGUUCUUGGAAUAUUAUGAUCUCUGGGUAUGCAAAAGCGGGUCGGCUUCAGGAGGCUCGCAAACUGUUUGAUCAAAUGACGGAAAGAGAUAAUUUUUCUUGGACGGCAAUGAUAUCUGGGUAUGUUCGCCAUGACCGGCAUGAAGAAGCUUUGGAGUUGUUUAGAGCAAUGCAAAGGCAUGAGAACUUUAAAUGCAAUAAAUUUACAAUGUCUAGUGCUCUUGCUGCUUCUGCUGCCAUUCAAUCCCUGCAUCUUGGGAAGGAGAUUCAUGGGCAUAUACUGCGAAUAGGGUUGGAUUUAGAUGGCGUGGUUUGGAGCGCAUUAUCGGAUAUGUAUGGGAAGUGUGGGAGUAUAGGGGAAGCUCGACACAUUUUUGAUAAAACUGUUGACCGAGAUGUUGUUUCAUGGACGGCAAUGAUUGAUAGAUACUUCAAGGAGGGUAGAAGGGAAGAGGGAUUUGCAUUGUUCUCAGACUUUUUGAAAUCUGGGAUAUGGCCCAAUGAGUUCACUUUUUCUGGGGUUCUAAAUGCAUGUGCAGAUCAUGCUGCGGAGGAAUUGGGUAAGCAGGUUCAUGGGUAUAUGACGAGAAUUGGGUUUGACCCGUCCUCAUUUGCAGCUAGUACGCUUGUUCACAUGUACACAAAGUGUGGGAAUAUUAAGAAUGCAAGACGGGUUUUCAAUGGGAUGCCGAGACCGGAUUUAGUAUCAUGGACUUCCCUGAUUAGUGGUUAUGCUCAGAAUGGUCAACCUGAUGAGGCUCUUCAGUUCUUUGAGCUGCUACUCAAAUCAGGAACUCAGCCUGAUCACAUUACCUUUGUUGGGGUUCUUUCUGCUUGUACUCAUGCUGGCUUAGUUGAUAAAGGACUCGAGUAUUUCGACUCAAUAAAGGAAAAACAUGGGCUAACACAUACUGUUGAUCACUAUGCUUGUCUCAUUGAUCUAUUGAGCCGAUCUGGUCGACUCCAAGAAGCAGAAGAUAUUAUUGAUAAAAUGCCGAUGAAGCCUGAUAAGUUUUUGUGGGCUUCUUUGCUUGGUGGUUGUAGAAUUCAUGGAAAUCUUAAACUUGCAAAACGAGCAGCAGAAGCGUUAUUUGAGAUAGAGCCUGAGAACCCAGCUACAUAUACAACUCUGGCCAACAUCUAUGCUACAGCUGGUUUGUGGGGUGGUGUUGCAGAAGUCAGGAAGGUGAUGGAUGCUAGAGGAGUGGUAAAGAAACCAGGUUUGAGUUGGAUUGAGAUUAAGCGAGAGGUUCAUGUGUUCUUAGUGGGAGACACAUCCCAUGCAAAAUCCAAGGAAAUACAUGAGUUUCUGGGGAAGCUUUCAAAGAGGAUGAAGGAAGAAGGGUAUGUUCCUGACACGAACUUUGUGUUGCAUGAUGUGGAGGAGGAGCAGAAGGAACAAAACCUUUCCUACCACAGCGAAAAGCUUGCAGUCGCAUUUGGGAUUAUUUCUACCCCAGCAGGAACAUUAAUCAAAGUUUUUAAGAAUUUAAGAACUUGCGUAGACUGCCACACUGCCAUUAAAUUCAUCUCCAAGAUUGCUAAGAGAAAAAUAAUUGUGAGGGAUUCGAAUCGGUUUCAUUGUUUUGAGGAUGGGAGCUGUUCAUGUAGAGACUACUGGUGAUUCGAUUUUGACCUAAUGCCAUCCAGUAUUUUCUUAUUCCCCUUAUUGACUAUGUAGUGUUAAGAAUAACUUCAAAGUAGUUCAUUGUGUUUUUUUGUAAGUGAACAGAAUAGCAAUCCAAUAUGAGUACAAUAGAAAAUUUAAAAUAAUACAAUUGCACAUUUCAUUA